AGCUCUUUUAGCUAAUCGGCUAGUCGCUGCGACGCCGCUUCCUUCUGCCGCAUCGGGGACUUUCGACCCUUUUUCCACUCCCCCCGGUCAACAUAAUCUGGUUUUCAACGUCGGUAUCUCAACAUUAGUGAUUUAACAUGAUAGAAAUUGACUGAAGUGCUCGUUGAUUUGACGUCUUAUCGUUGAUUUUCCAGCCGGUUUGGCGGGACUAGAUCGGUUCUAACAAUACGACGAGCUAAAGGCUAAAGGCUAAAGGCUAAAGCCAGUUUGUUUUUUCGCGGCUGUCAUGGAAGACAAAUCUUUUACUAAAGAACUAGACCAAUGGAUCGAACAGCUAAAUGAGUGUAAGCAGCUAUCGGAAAACCAAGUCAGGACACUCUGCGAGAAGGCCAAGGAGAUUCUGACCAAGGAGUCCAACGUCCAGGAGGUGCGAUGCCCAGUGACGGUUUGUGGCGACGUCCACGGUCAAUUCCACGACCUGAUGGAGCUGUUUAAGAUCGGAGGCAAGUCUCCCGACACCAACUACCUGUUCAUGGGAGACUACGUCGACAGAGGCUACUACUCCGUGGAGACGGUCACGCUGCUCGUCACGUUAAAGGUUCGUUUCCAGGAGCGAAUCACCAUCCUCCGAGGGAACCACGAGUCGCGGCAGAUCACGCAGGUCUACGGCUUCUACGACGAGUGCCUGAGGAAGUACGGCAACGCCAACGUCUGGAAGUACUUCACAGACCUGUUCGACUACCUGCCGCUCACCGCACUGGUCGACGGACAGAUCUUCUGUCUCCACGGAGGUCUGUCUCCCUCCAUAGACACUCUGGAUCACAUACGAGCUCUGGACCGCCUCCAAGAAGUCCCACAUGAGGGCCCCAUGUGUGACCUGCUGUGGUCGGACCCCGAUGAUCGUGGCGGGUGGGGGAUCUCCCCCCGAGGUGCCGGCUACACCUUCGGACAGGACAUCUCUGAAACCUUCAACCACGCCAACGGCCUCACCCUGGUGUCCCGGGCCCAUCAGCUGGUCAUGGAGGGCUAUAACUGGGGCCACGAUAAGAACGUGGUGACCAUCUUCAGUGCUCCAAACUACUGCUACCGCUGUGGAAACCAGGCGGCCAUCAUGGAACUGGACGACACUCUGAAAUACUCUUUCCUUCAGUUUGACCCCGCCCCCCGCCGCGGCGAGCCCCACGUGACCAGACGCACUCCCGACUACUUCCUGUGAAUGUCCGAAGCCCCUCCCCUUCCCUGUCAAUCAUCCUCCAAGCCCCACCCACUCCCUCUUCCUCCUCCUCCUCCUCCUCCUCUCUUCAUUUUGGAUGGAAAGAAGAUAUUAAUAAUAACAAUAAAGAUAAACACUGUACCAGGGAGAAUAGAGACAAACGAUUGGCUGAUGAAUUCCAGAUUUUAAUAAAAAAGAGAGAAACUUAAAGAGCGGCCCCCUCUACAGUCGUGUUUUCAGUAUGCUGUCAUUAAUGCUGUGCUUUCUGGGAAAAAAAAAUGAAAAACAACUACUACGAUGUUCUGUUUUCUUUUUGUUUCUUACAUGUUUGAAAACCAGAUAAUAAAACUACCGACGUGGACCAAAUGUGCCAUAUUCUGAUCCUUUUCCCACAAACCUGUUUUCUUUGUCUUGUUUUUCUUUUUUUAAACGUCAGCGCUAUAUAACCUCCCCUCCUACACCACCACCACCACCACACAUCUGUGCUUUUCUUUUUUUUCUGUUGCAAGAUAAUUUUAAAAAAGACGAGCAAAAAGAAUGAAAAAAAAAAACCUCUGCUUUAAGUAGUACAGCUGUGAGUCUUAGCUGUCAGGCUGCAGCCGGUGGUCAUCUCAGCAAGUAUAUUACUGUAAUUUGAAUAAAGACAACAGACGUAUAAAAAUAAAAUGUCCUAUUGACGAAC